GCCAUUCAGAAAACUUGCCGGGGAGAAGGGAGCUGCACCUUCAGCCUCAGAAGAAGGCGGUUGAACGACUCAUUUGGAAGAGAAAGAGCAGGAGCCCGUGAGGCGAAAGCGCGCGGGCGGCCCGAGGCUCUGCGGCGGCGGCGACGGCGGCGGCGGCGCUGACACCUCCCACCAUGGACAGCUUCGACUUAGCCCUGCUCCAGGAAUGGGACCUCGAGUCGCUGUGCCCACCGGCGCCCCGUGUGUCCCUUUAUUCCGCGCUCGAGGCUCGAAGCCGGGGGAGCGGGCGGCCGGGGGAGCACUCCGGGUUCUGCUGCUCCAGGGUUUCACACUGAGGAGCUGCUGUAGCGUCUAUGAACCAGAUAGAAACGUGUUACGGAGGAAAGAACGAGAAAGAAGAAAUCAGGAAACUCAACAGGAUGAUGGCACGUUUAAUUCGAGUUACUCCCUCUUCAGUGAACCCUACAAGACUAACAAGGGGGAUGAGCUCUCCAACCGGAUCCAGAACACGUUGGGCAAUUAUGAUGAGAUGAAAGACUUUUUAACGGAUAGAUCCAAUCAGACUCACCUCGUGGGUGUUCCCAAGCCUGGGGUCCCUCCGGCUCCCGUGAACAAGAUUGACGAGCAUUUCGUUGCAGAUUCAAGGGCCCAGCCCCAGCCCGCAUCCGUCUGUAGCACGGCGUCCUCCUCGCCGGCAGCUGUCCCCGGGCAGCAGAGCAAGCGGGCCACCGUGGGCUGGCAGAAGGCUGGCCACCAGCCGUCCGACGGCCAGCAGAGAGCAACAACACAGGGCUCUCUCAGGACCUUGCUCGGAGAUGGUGUCGGCAGACAGCAGCCACGGACCAAGCAGGUGUGCAAUGUUGAGGUGGGUCUUCAGACCCAGGAAAGGCCCCCAGCUAUGGCAGCCAAGCACGGCAGCGGCGGACACUGUGUUCAGAACUUUCCUCCAUCCCUGGCUUCGAAACCUAGCCUGGUCCAGCAGAAACCCACCGCCUACGUGCGGCCAAUGGACGGCCAGGACCAGGCUCCCGAUGAGUCUCCGAAGCUUAAAUCAUCCACAGAAACCAGCGUGCACUGCCCAUCACACCGGGGAGCCCCAGCUGCCAAGCCAGAGUCUGCCAGAGCCAAGGCCAAGCUUGCCAAGUUCAGCAUCCCCAAACAGGGAGAGGAGAAUAGAUCUGGAGAAACCAACAGCUGUGUUGAAGAAAUCAUUCGGGAGAUGACCUGGCUUCCCCCACUCUCUGCUGUUCAAGCACCUGGCAAAGUGGAACAAAGCAAAUUUCCAUUUCCAAAUAAGGACUCUCAGCUCGUUUCCUCGGGACACAAUAAUCCAAAGAAAGGUGGUGCUGAGCCAGGGAGUCCGGACAAUGGCACGUCGAAUACAUCAAUGCUAGAAGAUGACCUUAAGCUAAGUAGUGAUGAAGAGGAGAAUGAACAGCAGGCAGCCCAGAGAACGGCUCUCCACGCUCUGUCUGACAGCGCCGGGGCCCAGCAGGCCAGCGGCAGGGCCUCCGUGCCUUCCAGCAAGGGUAGCAGCAGCGGCAGCAGCAGCAGCGGGAGCAGCUCCUCCAGCGACUCGGAGAGCAGCUCGGGGUCCGACUCGGAGACCGAGAGCAGUUCCAGCGAGAGUGAGGGCAGCAAGCCCCCCCACUACUCCAGCCCCGAGGCCGAACCAGCGUCCUCCAACAAGUGGCAGCUGGAUAAAUGGCUAAACAAAGUUAAUCCCCACAAGCCUCCUAUUCUGAUCCAAAACGAAAGCCACGGGCCGGAGAGCAACCAGUACUACACCGCGGCGAAGGACGAAGCGCCCGACUGUGGGAAGCUUCCCGAAGUCUGCCCGCCCAGCCUGAGGGAGAAGGACAUCAAGAGCGCCUGCAAGGAGGAGCAGCGGCCGAGGACCGCGAACAAGGCCCCAGGGAGCAAAGGCGUGAAGCAGAAGUCCCCGCCCGCGGCCGCGGCCGUGGCCCUGCCCGCCGCCGCGCCGCCGCCCGCGGGGCCCGGGGCGCCCGCCGAGAGCGCGCCUGCGCCCGCCCGGAGGUCCGCGGGCAAGAAGCCCACCCGGCGCACCGAGAGGACCUCGGCCGGCGACGGCGCCGGCGGCCACCGGCCCGAGGAGCCCGCCGCCCCCGACGCGCUGGGCGCCAGCGCGGGGCUCCCCCCCGAGCCCCCCAAGCCCAGGCCCUGCGGCAACAGCAGGACGAGCCACCGCAAGGAGCUGCGCUCGUCCGUGACCUGCGAGAAGCGCCGCACGCGGGGGCUAAGCCGGAUCGUCCCCAAAUCCAAGGAGUUCAUCGAGACCGAGUCGUCGUCGUCGUCCUCCUCCUCGGACUCGGACCUGGAGUCGGAGCAGGAGGACUACCCUCUGUCCAAGGCGCAGGCCGUGGCCGCCGCCGCCGCCGCCGGGAGCGACCAGAGGCUCAAGGAGGCCGCCAACAGCGUCGGCAGCGGCGGCCCCCGCGCCCCCGUGGGCUCCAUCAACGCCAGGACCACCAGCGACAUCGCCAAGGAGCUGGAGGAGCAGUUCUACACGCUGGUCCCCUUCGGCCGCAACGAACUUCUCUCCCCCUUGAAGGACAGUGACGAGGUCAGGUCUCUCUGGGUCAAAAUUGACCUGACCCUCCUGUCCAGGGUCCCAGAACACCUGCCCCAAGAGCCGGGGGUCUUGAGCGCUCCUGCGGCCAAGGACUCUGAGAGCGCCCCGCUGAGCCACGCAUCAGACGCGCCAGCAGAAAAGGCUUUGCCAAAAUCCAAGAGGAAACGCAAGUGUGACAACGAAGACGACUACAGGGAGGUCAAGAAGGCCCAGGGAGAGAAGGAGAGCUCUUCACGACUGACUGCCUCUGCCAACGGUACUUUGUCUGCAAACCACUGCAACGUGAGCAUCAGCAGCUUGGCAAUACCAAUAAACAAAAAUGAAAAAAUGCUGCGGUCGCCCAUCUCCCCCGCAUCCGACGCGUCUAAACACAAAUACUCAGGUGAGGACUUCACCUCCUGCGGCCGACCCGGCAGCAAUGGCUUGCUUACCUCCGCCUCCGCCAGCAAGAAGCAUAAGCCGGAGAGCCAGCUGCCGACCCACGCCGGGGACGUCACGAAAGCGGCUCACAACGCUUCCGAGAACGUUCUCCACAAGUCACGGCCACAGACAGAGCCAUGGUCUCCAGGCUCCAACGGCCACAGGGACUGCAAGAGGCAGAAACUUGUCUUCGACGACAUGCCACGCAGUGCAGAUUAUUUUAUGCAAGAAGCUAAACGAAUGAAGCAUAAAGCAGAUGCGAUGGUGGAAAAGUUUGGAAAGGCUCUGAACUACGCAGAAGCAGCCUUGUCGUUCAUCGAGUGCGGAAAUGCCAUGGAGCAAGGCCCCAUGGAAUCCAAGUCUCCCUACACGAUGUACUCAGAGACGGUGGAGCUCAUCAGGUAUGCUAUGAGACUAAAAACCCACUCAGGCCCCAACGCCACACCAGAGGAUAAACAGUUGGCUGCAUUGUGUUACCGUUGCCUGGCCCUCCUGUACUGGCGGAUGUUUCGACUCAAAAGGGAUCACGCUGUAAAGUAUUCCAAAGCACUUAUCGACUAUUUUAAGAAUUCAUCUAAAGCUGCCCAAGCCCCGUCUCCGUGGGGGGCCAGUGGAAAGAGCACGGGAACUCCAUCCCCCAUGUCUCCCAACCCCUCGCCCACCAACUCCGUGGGAUCUCAGGGGAGCCUCUCCAACGCCAGCACCCUGUCCCCCUCAACCAUCGUCAGCAUCCCACAGCGCAUCCACCAGAUGGCCGCCAAUCACGUCAGCAUCACCAACAGCAUCCUCCACAGCUACGACUACUGGGAGAUGGCAGACAGCCUGGCCAAGGAGAACAGAGAAUUCUUCAACGACCUGGACCUGCUCAUGGGGCCGGUCACCCUGCACAGCAGCAUGGAGCACCUGGUCCAGUACUCCCAGCAGGGCCUGCACUGGCUGCGGAACAGCGCCCACCUGUCGUAGGGACCUCGCCCCGGAGCCGGAGUGCGCUCUUGUCUUCGCGGACUGCUCCACAUUUCUGGACACUGUGCUACUGAAAUCCCCGGCCACAGCCACAGCGCUUGUCAAACUGCGGUGAAUAUUUUCUCAGCAUCGAACAAUGGUCUUUUUCCCAGGGCAUGUGUGUUUGUGUGUGUGCGUGUCUAGGAAGCUGCCUGUGUCUGUGUGUAAGGUACACAGCUCUUUAGAACACAUUUUCUUUGUCUAGUUUCCAUAAUCCCAGGCUGGACAGAAUGAUCUGACCUUUCUGAUGAGAGAAAACACACUUACACACGUACACGCACACAAAAUCACAGACACACACACACACACACACACACGCACAAUUUUCUAGUUCAAAGCUAAACCAUGACUUCUUAGAACAUACAACCAAAAUCUCAUGGGUUAGUUAACCAGGUGCAGUGGGGCACACCAAAAGCUUGACUGCCAGUUAAGAUAAACGUAGUUCUUAUACUGUUGGUUACUUUCAGUAUUAAUGUUACUAUUCCCCAAUUAUUUUUUUUGAUUGUGUGUAUUAAUGGGUAAUUGAGUAAUGAAAAUAAGUCAGUUAUUUUUGUGCUGGACGUUUACUAGAUUGCAUGUUACCAAACACCCUGCCUUUCGUCUGGUACCAGUGCCCCCAAUCCAACUUUACUAUCAACUAAACGGCUCACAAGCAAAUGCAUCAACUCCCACCGGCCUGCAUGGCCCUGCCCUCUCCCCCCAAAAUAGUAUGCAAAUGGCACUGAGAUUUAGUAAAACCUCAGCGUCUUAGAGAAUUAACCACCAUGAAAGCAGCAACAGCUUUAAUGUUUGGGGGUGUUAGGAAUUGGAAUCUUCUGCACGUGUGGGGAGCCCACCCAGCAUGAGUUCCCUCUUCCUGCCACUGUGACAUGGGGGCCGGAGAGCCACAGGGCAUUUGUCAAGUCUUUCCUCUCCGUGAUAGCUUCCUUACAAAUUCUCUUGGCCAAACUAGGAUGUUAGCUGGGAUGUCCCUUGACUGGGAAUCUGUAUCUGUUGCUCAUCAGGCCUAGAACUAUUUGCUAUCACGAUUCUGUCUCAUCCUCCGGCUCUUUGUGCAGAAGGUGCCUCUGCGGGCCUUUAAUGCAGUUUGAUCUGGGGGAUCCGUUUCAGGCUUUGAUUAGCAAGCUGCUUGCUCAGAAGAGUAAGUUAAUCCUGCAAGGAUGGAAGUUCGGUCUGGGGUAGCAACGAGCAGGGCGUCGUGCUGACUCCCGGUGCGUCUGCCAUGUUUACGUCUCGCCCUUGAUUCUUUAUUUUCUCUUUUUUUAAUUAAGUUUACAUUUUAGUUUUUUGACAUCUUGUUUACAAUUUUUGUCCGAAAUGUAUUUCUUUUGUUGUCUCUUGUCAUACCCUAGAUUUAGUCUUCUUGUUAAAUAUAUUGGGAUAUAAAAAUGUUAGUAAAAAAAAAAGAAAAACUCCUGGAAAAUGAAGAUAUACCUUGCCACACUUUAAAAACAAAAAUUGUGACCUUGAGGCCUCUUACUUGGCAGAAUUGCCCCAAGGUGGCCUGAGUAAGACAGGUGAUGUGAUGGGUGGAAUAACCUAUUUUUCGAAGUGAUGGUAACACAAAGCACUUGGAACAGAUAUGGAAGGUCUCAUUAGUUUGGUUGUAAUGUUAAUCUUUUUGUCAGCCUGAUCCAUAGGUGGGAAAUAAGACUGCUGUAAUUCCCUAGCUCUAAGCAUUGAUUCGGAGCUGUACAAAUGAUUGAACAACUUCGGUGAUUUGAAAGUAAUUGAAAUGAACAAGGGAAGAGUAUGUGGAAAUUGCAUUCGGCUUUGCCCUUCAAGCAUUGGAAAUAUUAACAGUAAUUCUUUUUUCCGUUUCUCCAACUGAAGUGCUUCUAACGUUCCUUUUAAUAAUUGUUGCCGAAAUUCCCAAUCUCAUUGAAGUCUAAUUUUAAAAAAAAAAAUUUUUGUGGACUGAGGCUUAGGUCUAUUCAUUCUUGCUGAUUUCUGAUGAAAUGUUCAGGCUCUCACAUAAAGCGAUGGUCCUCGGGUCCACUGUGCAUUCCUGGGGUGCUUGUCUGGCCUUGCCCACCCAUAAGUCGCAGGCCUUGUUGUGGUGUCCACGUGACGUGCUUACCUGGGAGACGCACGGAAACACACAGGGGGCCUCUGGCUGAAUGAGAUUCAGCAGCACUGACUCAACACUCGGUGAGCCAAGUUUCCAAGUAAACGUGAAGCCGGUCAUUUGGGGAUGGUCAGAGCGCCCACUGCUCGAGGGUCUUCCGUUUCAUCAGUAGGGUGUGUUGGGACAGUGGGUUUUGUUUGCUUGGACAUCGAUGAUUUUGAUGGAGGAGCAUCUUCUGAUCUUUGCUUGUUCAUUUUAUUUGGUUUUGUUCAAAGUCGAAAUACCUUUCUUGUGUUUUCUGAUUACAGAAAUAAUACAAGCUCAUGGUAAAAAUUCAAAUGAUGCAGAAAAGUAUAAAGUAGGAGGCACUAAGCCCCACCCCCCGGAGACAACCACUGCUCAUUGUUCCAUGUACAUCCUUCUAGGAAGUCUCCCAUUUAAACAUAUAAUGUCUAUCAUCCUUUUUUUUUUUUCUAUUUGAAGACAUUAUUUCAUCAGAAGUUCAGUACAAGUUCAGCUGGCCUUAUCUCUCCAUGACCUGAAUGGACCUUGAUCACAGUUGUAGACUUACCUUUGAAAGAGAGUAACCCAAAUAUAUUCCUGAUCAAAAUGUGGGGUUUGUUACUAUUCGACACAGAUCAGACUUGUGCCUGGGAAGAGAGAUUUGGUUAAAACAUACUUCUGGAAACUUUCAAACUGCCAAUGGAAACUCGGACCCACUAUCUAAAGAGGAAUGUACUGGAAAAAAAUGAUCUGAAGAGUUGACCAGCUGUGUGCUAGAUUGAACACACGGUGUCAAUGCAAUGAGACUUUCUGCACUAAAACAUCCCCUAGUGUGUACAACAGCGACCUGUGUAUUAUAUGACAGUGACGUGUACAUUUCUGACAUUCCAUACAUAAUAUACACAGUUUGUAUAAACGCAUACAUUUAAAAAUAUAUAUGUACAAGACAGCUAACGUAAAACUGUAGUACGCCUGAAGGGUAUGACUAGUGCCUAAUAUUGAGUAUAAGUCCCUGCGUGUUCACAUCACCUCGGAAGUGCAGUAAAUGUUAUAAAAUUAAUCAGUGCAGCCAACAUUAUUUACGAACCACAUCUUUGAAAUUGUGCAGUAGUAAAUACAUAUAUAUUUUUAAAUAACAUUUUUCACAGUUUUCCAGAGUUACUGUUGAAAUCUGUAUCACCAAAAAAAAAAAAUAGCAAGAUUUUUUUAAUGAUGUUGACUCUCUUCAGACCCAGUAAUCUGUGUGUGAUUUCCUGUGUGUAGAUACCCAAGACACUUUAGCAGUCACCAGCCUUAAUGCAUGUACAGGAUAUUAUUGUGACUUAAUUUAUCUGCAGUUUUUAAUCCAUGUGAAAUUGGAAUUUAUAAACUGACUUGGAUUCAAUAUGUCUGCCUUUCUAAGGUUGCAAAUGUUACAUUAAAUGAUUUAUGUUGUAAAUGAGAGACAUCGACUUGUACGUUAAAAAAAAAUGUCCACCAAUUUCUGUGAAUAUUUUUACAAGGAAAUUUCAGAAUCAAAAUACAUUCAAAUAUGCAUUCCGGUCCCCAGUUCAUAAUCUCUUUAGAAUGGACCUUGUUGUUUCAUGAAAUUUUUAAAUGUAGGUUCCACAGAUUAUCCAUUACUAAGUCUGAUAUUUUUCAUGGGCAAAAAAAAAAAAACAAACCUGUUUUUCUUUAUUGUAGCUAUAGUUUAAUGCUUGUGUGGAAACACACCCCUAAUACCGCAGAAAACUCUGUGCAGGAAGCUUGAGGAGUUUAAUUUGAUGACUACAUUGAUGUCUGUCCAACCAGUUGCCCUGGGACACUGUUUUUACUCAACGUCCCUUGAUAGCCCAAGUUAAUUCCCUGACUUGUGUCUACCAGGUUUUUCCAACGCUAACCAACAUGGUGGAAUAGUGUUGGAAUAUUUGGUUGAGUAAAACAAGAGAAUUUUGAACUACCGAAGACAGAAAUAUUAGACCAGUGGCUUGCCAUGAUGCACCCCCCCGUGUGAGAGGGUUUUUUUGUUAACCUCACUUGUUACUCUCCUCUCCCUUCCUUUUCAUUCCUCUCCUCCCAAAACUAAACAAAGAAGCAGAAACAGCAACAAAAACAAAACAAUUACUUCACCUUACCCAGACUAUAUUCUUAGAUUCAAACAGGACAGCAGAACUCUAGCUCCGGUCGCCAUGGAGACCGCCUCAUCCCAGAAAUGGCCAGGACGGGGUCCUUGGCUUUGCUUGCUCCAGGGAUCGCUUUGAAAGAGCCUCAUACUCUCUCAAAGGUGGUUUGCGCUAAGAAACCCCCGAAGGCUUUUCAAGAACUAUCUUCCUCUUGUGCAGGUUUGCCUGCUACUCAGCUGAAGUCUGUUCCCAUCAGCAUCGUAUUUCUAAGAAGUAACACAUUUUCGACAAAACCUGGAUCAACUGGAAUCUUGAAAGACUUUUUUUUUUUUUUUUUUUUUUUUUUUUUUAGUGAAAGGGGGAAAAAAAACCCAACAACAGAAACUGAAUUUCCAACAGUUUGGAGCCAGAGUUUAUUUCCUUGUUUUCCCAUUCUCAGAAGAGCACACUUUUUCAAUAUUACAACUUCCUGACAAAUAGCACAAGAAAUGUUCAGACUUGAGAUUUGUGUUCUCUUUGUCCAAACUGAAUUCUUCUGUAUAUGUCAUCAGACGGGUCGAUUUGUUUGCUUGGCAUGAGGAAAAUGAUAAAACUCUGUUCUCAAACUAA